CUUCAUACUAUAAGUGGGCUGCCCUUGAACAGGCGAGGGAUGGUCUAUACUUUCUACUAGAACCUUCUAGGCUUCAAUCCAGUGACAUUUUUCGCGAAUAGCAUUUUCUAUCCAAUACUGCUACCGUCCGAUGAGUCUGAAUUCAAAUCGGUAACCAUUCUCCGACAAUAUUUCCGGCGAUUUUUUUUAACGCAAAAUUCGAAUUUUACAUUGUCAAAGUAACUUCUUGAGUUACGAAGUUCUGUCCUUUCUUUAAUCCAAUGCCUCGGUAUUACUGUGACUAUUGCGACACUUACUUGACACAUGAUUCCCCUUCUGUCAGAAAACAGCAUAAUGCCGGUUACAAACACAAGGCCAAUGUACGGUCUUAUUAUCUGAAGUUUGAAGAGGAGCAAACACAGAUUCUGAUAGAUCAGAAAAUCAAGGAGCGCCUUGGGCAGGCAGCAGCGUACCAGCAAAUUGGUGCAGCUUAUAAUCAACAUCUUGCUGCGUUCCCUGGUCAACGACCUCGCCUACCGAUGAUGCCACCUUCUAUGCUGCCUGUUCCAGGAGCCAUGCCCCCACAAUUAAUGCCAGGUGCCAGGCCUCCCAUUUUGCCAAUUCCUGUUCCUGGUCCUCCAGGUUAUUCCGUGGUUGCUCCAACUGCACCAAUUGCAGGACAGGUGCCACCUGUUUCAUCCUUGCCGAUGCAACCCAGUUCCCUUCCAGCUCCUCCUGCACUGAACCCCCUUGCAGGUGUUCCAGGUGGAGUGGCUCCACCUACUUCAGGCAGUGCCCCUGUUCCUGCUACACAAUCAAUGUACCAGCCAAAACCCAAUGGAAUUGCCGCCCCUUCUACUAAUGCUACAACUACCAGCUAGGCUUGCUGCUCGAGCCAGGGAUACUUUGACUAUCUUCUGUGUUCUCCGUAGGAUAAUUAUGGUUUUGGAUGAAAUGGCAAGAGGAACAGUGGCUUCUUAGUGAAUAACAGCGCUGAACAUCAUCAAGUUCUCCUGAUAAUUGUGGAGAAGAGAAAUUACUUCUGCUUCUGGAGUUGACUCUAGGAAGAAUAUCAAGUGUUUGAGUCUGAUGUAUGAGUAGUUGCUGGUUCUUAUGUAUUACCUUAAUUAAUCUUAUAAAAGGAACCUUGGACUUCUUGUCAGUAUUGCUCUAUCAAUUCGGUCGUUUGAAGUUGUG